AGGCGUGUUUGAAAAUUUAUAUUCUAAUUUUCCCUCAUCUAUAUAUUCCACCUUGUAACAAUUUUCUGCCCACUCCGUGCAUUCAUAUUAGAUAUUACCUACCAGUUUAGAUUUCUCUCAGCUCUGAUCUUAAACGUUAGUUUCCGGUCAUGGGUCAGAAAGAAGAAGCGAAGAAGGAAGGUGGGGAGAAAAAGGGCGGCGACGCCGCUGUGAAGAAGGAGGAGAAGCCAACCGCCGUCGUUUUAAAGGCCGAUUUGCAUUGUGAAGGCUGUGCCAAGAAAGUCAGGCGUUCUAUUCGGCAUUUUGACGGUGUGGAAGACGUAAAGACCGAUUGGGAAAGUGGGAAAUUGACUGUGAAAGGGAACGUGGACCCAGCAUGGCUCCGUGACAUACUUGCAAGUAAGAUCAAGAAAAAGGUGGAGAUUCUUUCUCCUCAGCCCAAGAAGGACGGCGGCGGAGGAGGUGGUGCCGCCGGCGACAAAAAGUCCGAUGACAAGUCCGCUAAAAAGGACGAAAAGGACACUGAAAAGAAACCCAAAGAGCCUCAAGUGAGCACAGUGGUGUUGACGGUGCGGUUGCAUUGCGAUGGAUGUGCAGAUAAAGUAAAACGAAUCAUAAGGAAGAUUAAUGGUGUAAAAGACGUUGAUGUGGAUUUGGCAAAAGAUUUGGUCACCGUCAAAGGAAGCAUGGAUGUAAAAGAAAUAACAGCGUACCUAAGAGAAAAAUUGAAGCGGGGCGUUGAGGUUGUUCCUUCUAAAAAGGACGGUGGAGAGGGUGAGAAGAAGAAAAUGGUCGACGAUGGAGAGAAGAAAGAGAAGAAAGAAAAAGGAGGCGGUAGUGAGUCGUCUAAAGUGGAAGCAAACAAGAUGGAGUAUCAUGGGUUCCAAUCAAAUACGUUUUAUGCGAGACCAAUAUACAACCAAAGUUAUUACAAUCAAGAUUAUGGCUUGACAAUGUCUGAUCCAAGUUCAUCACACGCCGCCAUGGGGUACUCAUACCCAUAUGCACACGCGCCACCGCCGUAUAUGCAUGUGCCACCAACUCCUCCGCCGACAUAUGUACACGCACCCUCGCCCAAUAUGUUUAGCGACGAAGAUCCAAACGCCUGCUCUGUCAUGUGAAAACCCCAUUCAUCCUUAGGUGCACUGUUUCCUUGAGGGAGAGAGUUCAACCAAUUAAAUUGUAAAUAAAGCAUGCAUAGAAGUUAGAGACAAAAUAUAGAAUUAAUGUAUACAAAAAGUGUUGCUUUUAGCAUAUAGUGUAUUUCAAAAAACUUUGUAGUAUCAAAAUAGAUGAUGAAAAUAAAAAACUGUGUAGCAUCAAAAUACAUGAUGAAAUUUGAAAGGACGGAGUUUUAAUAAA